AUGGUUGUGGUGGUUCGAUUGGGUGGUGCUGGUGGUUUAGCUAGGUAUGUGGUGGCUGGUGAUUAUGGUGAUGGUUCGAUUAGGUGGUGGUCUGAUGGUUGUGGCAUCGGGGUGAUGGUGGUAUGUUUGAUGUUUCGCGCUUGUGUGUUUGAUGGUGGUGGUGGUAUCCAGAGGGACUCCGUGUACAAAACAGCACCCUAG